GCUGAGGAAAGGAGAAGAUGAGCACACAAUUCUUGUUUUUCUUUCCACCUUCCUUAUCUUAUAAGAACAUUCGCUCGCCUCUCGCAGGCAGACGGGUCAGCAACAGCAUCGCCGUCACAAGACACAGCCUGGCUCUGCAUCACAACCAUGGGCAAUUGCGUGAACAUGGACAGGAGCCCAAGCCAUGUCUUGGAAUCUGCUGACUUUGCAGACCUGCUGGCCACCUGGACCGAGGAUUAUACCUAUGAAGAUACCACGCUCGCUGACAGCGCUCUCCCCGCACCGUGUUACAGCACAUUUUGCUCCUCGGUCGGCGGCGUCAUCCCCACAUUCCUGGUGGUAGCUGGCACUUUGGGCAUCCUCGGCAGUCUCGCCCUGGCCAUUGCCUUGGUCAUGUGCUUCCGGCUUUGGGAGCAAACCGGGCUCGCUCUCACAACUCUGUCAACCGCCCUCUUUGCCACCAUCUUGCCGUUUUUCGCAGCGGGGAUCAGCUGGGGCUGGACCUUUGGGGACGGGCUCUGCCGGGUGGCACAGGCUGUGAAGUAUGGGUGCCUGUUUUCCCAAGGGCUCUUGGUGGCUGCCUGUGUGUGCCCAACGCCCAAGGCAGCUCUUCCUGGCUGCCUUUUGCCUCUCGUUCUCUGGGUCACAGGCUUCCUGCUUGCGAUCCCUGUCGCCGUGAUCCACGGCACGGCUAAAGACGGGGGAGCAAUAUGUGCCCUGAGCCAGGCACCUGAGGUGCUCUGGUGGUCUCUCACUCACGUCAUCUUCUGGCUGGCUGUUUUCUACAUCCUCCCAGCGGGGAUCGCUCUGGCCAAGGUGGCGCUGAAGUGGCAGAGGGCUGGGUGGCACCCGCCUGCAGCCGUCACUUGGGUCUUCUACCUUCUAUGGAUGCCGUAUGGAGUGGCCCUGAUCCUGGACAUGCUGCUGCAGAUGAACCUGCUCACCCAUACUUGCAGCUUGCAAGAGCAUCUCAGCUACUUCCUGGGGCUAUCCGAGGGACUGGGGGUCCUCCACUGUAUUCUGUGCCCCUUCUUAGUUCUAGGGAUGGUCAUCCAUCACCAAAGGGCUGCCCAAUGAGGCAGGCAAUAAAAAAAUUGGGGGGGGAGUGUCCAAUUGCAAUCAACAGAGCUUUAAUCUACAAAUCAUUUUGUAUCUGCUUCUGCCUGUGCAACAAAUCCUGGAGGGGGGUGGGGGGGACUUUCUUAGAAUUUCAUAGUAGCCAAGCUUGCUAAAUAAAUAAAGUUCUGCGGUCAGGCAAUCCCAAUUCUGCUUCCAGAAAUGGUGGGUUCUGCGACGUGAAUUCUGCAACAAUGAGCUAUUCUACCUCUGAAAAUUUAAGCAAGGCCGUGAAGCACAUGCCACAUACCACUGUGUUUAUAUAAUUUAGCAGAAUUUAAACGAUCCCCUGUUUUGAGUUUAUGCAGCGACAAGCGGGUUGCUAACUCGUUUGGGUCCUAUCAAUAAUUAUACCUUCCUGGUUGAUAAUCCCUUUCUGUCCCUCUUAAUGAAAACACACACUAAUCUGAAUCAUAUUAUCAUAAACUACUUUACUAUCAGAUUCAUUCAGGUUUACAGAGCUGUUCCUGAGGGCAGGCUUAGGUUACAUAACAGAUAAACUAAAUACUAGAUAGUAGUGAGUCAUGAGAAGACUGCAUCCGAGCAGUUACCAAUUAACACUCCUAGCAGCAACCGACCAACUGACCACAUAGAGGCAGUUAGUCCUCUCGGAAUGUUGAACUUCACUGACAGCUUUGUAUCCCACAACCACAAGUGUGGAAAUUUUAUUCAGACCUACAUUUUGGGGCCCCUGAAACUUUUAAAUGCUAUGAGGACCACUUUGCAACCAGCAACAAGGUCUGGGUAACCACUGUUAUUGCUAAAAAAUAACUACUACAUCUCAGAUUUUGAUUAAAAUCGCUGUACUGUGCUAUCUCACUCUUCCCAAGUCACUGGUGCGAAUAAAUAUUUCCUAUGCCGUGUAGUUUUCAAGUUGUGUGACUCAAAUUGGGUCUAGUAGACCCAACCUUUUAAAGCCAUGUGGACCCAACCUGGAUCAGGCUGUGGCCUACUAGUUGUCCUGGCUGAUAUCUGGUUUUCAACAUCGUGAUAUAUCUGCAGCUAAAUAACACAAUAUGCUGAUAUAUCACAAUAUCUGGAAUGUACCUUGGCUGCUUCUUCCUCCCCACCUUAGGGGAGGGAGAAGCAACCGAGAGAAAAAAACCGACACAAGCCCCCAUACCAAUCCCACUUCAUUAAAAUUGCUCAGCUGGGGGGGGGGGCUGGAAGCCUCCCACCCCUCAGCUGAGUUAGCCCCCAUACGGCUCCAGCUUGUGUGAGCCGGAGGGAGGGGGGCUUCCUCAAAGGCACACACAAGAAAGGAGAUGGAA